GUGUUAACGCUCAGUUCCAUUGGCUUGCUGCUGGAUCCAGCUAGUUUCGCGAAUGGGCCUGGCUUUACCCAUGCCACCGCAACUUGACCCCGGCCCGGUCAUGCAGCGUCACGCAGGACAGAUGCAAUAGCUGUCUAGCGUGCCUAUCUCAUGGGCUUUCCAGCUGUUUAUCUAAUGACACUACACCUCAGCCUUCCGUCCUUCAGCCUCUUCAUGCCUGAUCUCAUUCCUUCCAGCUUUGAUGGUGUUUUGGACCAAGACAGUUCGCAGAAACUCCCACACCAAUACCAACACAUCAAUACUCAUCUUCACUUCUUGCUCACAGUCAACACCUUGGAUGCAUUCAAUCUACUAUGCGCCCAAUACGGGCAGGGGAGAGUCGAUGUCCCGUGAACGCUUGGAACUUCUACGCAGCUCAGCUUUCGAAUCCGAGCACGCCUGGCAGUACGACACAUCGUAUAUGGAACACGAAGCAGCAGCAGUGGCGCUUGAGCAAGAGAUCGAACAGCCGUUAGCAAGUAUAUCGCCCGAUGAGAAUUCAGACGAGCAGAUCCGGAUCAUCAAGACGCAAAUCACAAUCCACAGGGAACGACAAAGGGCUUUGAGGCCACACCUGGAAAGUGGCAGUGGUGACAUUGACGGAUGGGGAAACGAGUGCACCUUUGUACCAGCGCCGAAUCAGUGGGGCGCGAAUGGGGAUCUUGAUGAAGAGAGCGAGACGUUGUCUUCGGCGCACAAGCUUCUCACCUGGCAGUCAUCAUCGCCGAUAUCAGUAACACCUCCCUACUCACCACUGUAUGAUGAGCUACCGUCUCCAGACAUCCCCUACCACUCAAUGCUGGAUGCAUAUCAAGCACCGACAACCUUCCACCUUCAUCGUACGCGUGAAUGGACAGGACUCUCAGGUAGCCGCAACUAUGUCUACACAGCGCGUGAGCACUCAGACAAAUACGCGAUGUACAUGCUCGGUGCGAUGCACCGUGGCGACAACCAAAUCACCUCCGCCGACUUCUUCAGGGUAGCCGAGUACCCCAGAACUUGCAUCCACAUACUCCUUUCCGGUAUCGAAAAGCAGCGUCUGUCCACUUCAUCAAAAGAUGCCGCAUACAAGUCACGGUGCAUCCACCUAGACGUCAAAGAUGCGUUCUCGCAGUCUGUGAAGGAAUAUCCAGAUCGUCAGCAAAAGAUCCCCUGGUCGCCCCGGCGCUUCACAUACGGCGGUCGACGUUUCGUGUGGAAGUCUGGAGACUCCAAGGAUGACUCCAUGCCUGAGACCCUGUGCGAGUUUCGCAAAGAUUGGGCGAAGCCAGGGAGCCGCACCGGAAAGCGCUGCGACGAUGCGCAAACGAUGACGAAACUGGUGUGGGGAGAGAAGAAGAGGAGCGGGAAGGUCGACAGUUACACGAUCCAUUUUGCUGGCGGAAUGGAUCAGGUGUUCAGAGAAAUCCUUCUUGCUAGCCAGAUGGCACGACAGAUCUGCUUGUUCACAGCUAUGAACUGAGCAGUGAAGACGACGAGGGCAGAGCCGGGCUCAUAAGAUUUCUCCCGACUGUACGAUCCGUAACGAUUAGGAAGGAUCGACAUGAUUUUAUGACCGAUAUAUUUCAAGGCGUUUGGUAAUCUCACAGGAGGCGGAAAGAUACCCAUACCACAUACAUUAUCUGGCACUGCUUCGCAUAAUGGCUAGAAUACCAAUCGACAGGUUGAUACCAUACUCUUCGUCCUGGCAAAUCUGCUCGUCUUGGCUUACUGAAACUAGCG